UAUCUUGGGCUUCAGAAAGGCGAAGGCGGGCCCAAACUGUCGUUCACACGGCAACACACCAUUCCUCUUCGUGGCCAUCGCCGGCGCCGGCGCCACGCGCCGUCGUGCCCUCCGUGCAGCCACUCCGAAGGAGAUCUAUUCCCUCGCGGUCGUCCUCGUACCCGCCCCAACACCACCUACAGGUAUUGGAUCGGCGUGGGGUGGAGAUCCAUACGGACUUCGAUUAAUUUAUUCUGCCGUUCGAUUAGGCUCUUCUUCGUCAGCGCGCACAAGAUCGAUCUCAGUUGAUGCCGCAGCAGUUGUGAAUCAAGGUGCGGGUGCAGUCUAUUUUCCAAAACAAAUUGGGGUUCAGCUAUUCCCCCAUGCCCCGCGCUAAGGCGGCCACUGAGUGCCUAUUCAUGAUUCAGCCAAUGGCAUCGGAGACUGGAGGUGGGAGUGGCGGCGAUGCCAGCUCAGCGCAACGCGGGCAGAUGCAGGGCUUGGCAAGACAAGGAUCUCUAUACAACCUUACCCUAAAUGAGGUGCAGAGCCAUUUGGGAGCGCCCUUGCUUAGUAUGAACUUCGAUGAGCUCCUCAAGAGCGUGUUUCCUGAUGGUGUAGACCCCGAUGGCUCCAUCGCAGGCAAACCUGAGCAGACCUCGGGCCUGCAGCGACAGGGGAGCAUCACAAUGCCUCCGCAGCUGAGCAAGAAGACUGUUGAUGAGGUGUGGAAAGGCAUCCGGGAUGGACCGGAGAUCAGUGCUGAGGAGGGUGGUUGUCAGAGGCGGGAGAGGCAACCAACGCUAGGGGAGAUGACACUGGAGGAUUUCCUGGUCAAAGCUGGGGCUGUCAUGGAAGGAUGUAUGAAGGAUUCAGAUGAUUUGCCAGGCAACAUGGAUACAGUUGGGAGCAGUGUUGUUGCAGCUGGUGCUUCUGGUUUGAAUCCUGGAGCACAAUGGUUGCAGCACUACCAGCAGCAAGCUUUGGAGCCCCAGCAGCCAACUAUUAUAGGUUCAUUCAUGGCUAGUCAGUUGGCCCCCCAGCCUUUGUCUGUCGCUACAGGUGUCAUUUUGGAUUCAAUUUACUCUGAUGGCCAGAUUACUUCACCAAUACUCGGUUCACUUUCAGACCCUCAGACACCUGGGCACAAAUGUGGUGCCUUAGGGGAGGUGAAGGAUAAGGUGAUCGAGAGAAGGCAGAAGCGGAUGAUAAAAAAUAGGGAAUCAGCUGCCCGAUCAAGAGCAAGAAAGCAGGCUUACACCAAUGAGCUGGAAAACAAGGUAUCUCGUCUAGAAGAGGAGAAUGAGAGGCUAAAGAAACAGAAGGUACUUUUAUCUCUUGGUGUCAUUAUACUGUUUUCUUUUCCCAUAAUAUUUAGUGGAGGGUAUUCAACUAAAGCAUUCCAUUAUGCCUUGAUAGUGAACUAUAGGUUCUUAGUACUUUUGGUUUACAUUAGACAAAUAUUCAUUUCCUUUUCAAUCCACCUCUUUCUACUUGGGCUCAAUAGUCAUAUCAUGUACCAAGUGGUAACAGAUAAGUGCAAUGUACUUAUGUGCUCACAAUCGAUCUGUAGUUCCACAUAGUGUGGAGAUUUGAAUCUCUAUUAUCACUCCUGUACCUUGUACGAUUAUUAGUGAUACAUUUUUUGUUUCUACAGCAUUACUCUUGUGGGUUUGUUGUGUUCCCCUUGUUAGGUUUUGAAAAAAACCAUCUUUUGGGGGCUAUCUAAAGGGAAAGAAGGAAGUUAUUUUCCCUUGCUUUUUGAGUUUGCAAUGGGAACAACUUCAUAGACUCGUGGAGCUUUAUGGGCAAUAUCUGUGUUGGCAUAAUUAAUUACUGAUUCAUUGAGACAGUCGAUGCCAUUACCUUCUUUGCUUUCUCUGCCGAAAAACAGAUCUUUGCCUGAGCAUUGAAUACAUGUUUUUUCAUAAUGAACUUUUUUUUGAAUCAUCCCUAUGCUAUUAGCUGAUUUCACAUGUUCUCAUAUCUGUUAUUUCAUAAGGCUAUGACCUUGCACUUCGUUGCUUUUUUAGCCUACUGCAAUGAGGUUGUGAUACUCCUUACUCUUGUGGUGAUGCAUCAUUUUU